GGAUAUUGGUCAUUGAAAAGCGCGCCUCUGUGUCAGUUCCAGCUGUAAAUAAUGAAUUUUUCAAAUGUACCGAAAGAACUCUCCCAUCUGAACGUGUUCUUAAGAUGUGCUUCGGAUCACUCGGCGAAAGACCCCACUAUCACAUACUACUGUCUCCUGCAUGCAUUUCAAAAAGGUUUAAGUAUGAUUCAAAAAUCACCCCCUAUCAAGGCAUUUUUGACAACUCUCAUGGAUAAGUUAGAAGAAUUAAAGAGGAGUAAUUCAAACUGUGAAGAAAUUGCGAAUGAAACUGUUGGGAUUCCUUAUGUUGAACAGUAUGCCCUCAAGUUGUUUGAUGCUGCUUACCAGAGGGAUAUAAACUCCGACUUCGGACCUGCUACUGUAAAACUAUUUCUUUCAGCUGCUACACUCUUAGACGUUGUUUCUGGAGUUGGAGAAGUAGGUGAUGAUAUCGAAAAGACCAGGAAGUAUGCCAAAUGGAAGGCCGUUUACAUCAGCAAAUGCUUGAAAUCUGGCGAAGUUCCAGUAGGUGGUCCUAUUGCUAACACCGAAGCUGCCUACACCCCAAGACUUUGUUGCAUAUCAGUAGAUUUUCUUGAUUGCUUGUAAGGGAACCUUAUUUGACACUCAUUUACUUUUUGUGUCUAAACCGUAGUAGUUUCAUUUUUGUAACGGAACUCAUGCUCUUUAGUUGGUCCAGAUACAAAAGCGCUACUCUUUAACCUAUUUCAAUAACAUUAUAUGUGACGUGUACUAGUUGUGAUUACAGCUUUUCAGUUUUCUAACUCAAACAAACUGGUUUUUACUAAAGAAUUCGUUUUCUCUGCCUGUUGAACAAUUUUUAUAUGUGACAUUCUGAUGGCAUUCACUAGCUUUCUUGAGUAUACAUAAGAAUAAAUAAUUUGUACUAGUAGUUUGUGUGUCUAGUUUCAUAUAUUUAAAUAACUGCGUAUUAAAAUUCAUACCCAUUUGAAUUAUGCACGUGCAUAAAUAUUCAAAGGUAAUUUCCAUCACUAAUUGACGUAUUUUAGAGAAAUUCUCGAAACCUGGGAGCACUAAACAGUGGAUUUCUUUCGGUUUAAAACUAUUCAGCAAUAUGUUACCGUAAUCCUACUCUGAAUCUGUCCCUUAACCAUGAGGCUUUACAGCAAAAUGGGGAACCAUAAUUCAUUGGUUUAUAUUUUCAUGUUCAAUCAAUUUGUACAGUAGCUCAAUCCUCAUCUAAUGUCAUCAGGGAGUCUCUGUUUUUUCAUAGUUCAGUUGACCUCAUAGAUCGCAGUCCCACAUCACGACGUCUGAGAAUUCAUCUCGAAGCUACUUGCCAAUCAACACAAAGUUAUGGUUUAGUGGACUAACAUCAGUUCAUGAUAAGUUCCCUUCUUCACAAAUCCUCUUGACGAUACUUUCUUUAUAAUUCACAUUGAUGUGUAACAUAAAUACACCUCAAGUUUACUUAAACUGAUUCAGUCAUGUUCGAUUUAUGGUAUUUUAGUUUGAAUAUUUUUUCACUGAUCAUGUAGACUUUAAAAUUCAUCAACUUAUGCUUUACGUACGUACGAAGUUCUACGUUGUUACUGACUGACUGACUAUGCUUUAAGCAAAGUUAAAUAAUGCUGUUAUCAAUAUAUUUAACGAACAAUAGGGUUGUAUGUAAUUGUUUCACUGCUUUGUAAAUAAUAUUAUUAUCUUAUUAAGUAAAAUAUGGAUAUCAAUUUUUGAAGACUUCAACGUUUAUAUUUGUGCGAUAACGUAUGGAAAGUUGAUUACCAUAUUCACUCUGAUGAUUCUACUUAUCCGAUUCAUAUACUUUCUCUAUAUCUAUUCGACUUUUAAAACAUUCCUCUGGAAAUAGCUUUUUGCCUCACUGAUCUUGGAAGGUUGGUGUCGCAUACGGAAUUGCUAUUAAGUCGGAACCCCUAAAUAUAUUAAGUAAAUAUUUUCUUAGUAAAAUGUUUUCUUAACAUCUUAGUUCUCGUUUCUCACCUAUUAAAUGUUACUUGAUGGCUCAGAUUUGUUCUAUACUUACACCUAGUUCGAAUAUAAGAACUCAUUAUCUUCUUCGCUAAGCAUAUCACUAAUGACAUAUUUUUUGUAUUGGGACAGGAGUAUAACCUCCUGCAAUAUGCUUUGUCCUAACGGACAUAAGAAGGUUAUAAGAGAGUAAAACAUUACCCUCACGUGACGAGGCCAACUAGUGACAAGUAUUAAUUUUAAGUAGUGAGAUUAUAUUGGUUAUACUACAUACAUAACGAAUGUAGGAUAAAGUGAUUUAUUAGUAUGUAGAUAUGUUUGCUUUCUGUAACCAUUACUUUCUAAUUUGCUUGUGUCUUUACAAUUACUUACGUCUGGUACCUUUCGUGGAGUAGCAUAGGCCGCCCAUCAGCAUUCUCCAUCCACCUCUGUCCUGGGAAAUUCUUUCCAUUUGCUAUUCAUCCUUCUCACUUCUUCCAAUUCUCGACACAGUGUGUUCCUUUGUCUUCCUCUUUUCUGUUUCCCUUCAGGAUUCCGAGUUGGCGCUUGCCUUGUGAUGCAGUUUGAUAAUUUCCUCAAUGUAUGCCCUAUCCACUUCCAUCGUCUUUUUCUAAUUUAUUAGUCAGAUAAUUACUGAUUUUAUUUAAUGUUAAUAUUGCCAGAAGGCUGAUUACCCUUAUUUAAACUAGUCUAGACUACAAUCUUGAAAUAACCGCCCUGUCUUACUUCACUUUUUUUAUUAUCAGGGUGUUCAUUUCUUAUUCGUCUGCCGUACUGUUAAGACGAUAAUGCAAGCCAUUUGGAACUAAUUAACUUGUCAUUCGAUUAAGUUCUUAGACUGGGAUUAUUGAACAUUUAUAUAUAGCCAAUAAGAGAAUUCAUAACGGUACAUACAAGAAGAAAGUUCUGAAUAUUUAAUUAAUUUUUUUAUUGUUUGGUUAUUUAGUAAAAUUGUUAAAGAUUGUUGUUGUAGUGACAAAAUGUUUUAAGGUUUAGAUAGACUUUUUACAUGUGUGAAGCAUUUAUGUCGGAAAGUUGUGAUGAUCGAUGUAAUCUCUAAGGGGCUUGUCAACCAUAAUCUUUUGGAUAUGAAGAUAACAUUACCCUGUUCUCAGAAAACGUCAACAAAAUAAUAAUAAUAAUAGUGUUUCCAACUUGUACAUAUUGAUCAGUAAUUAACCUUCAGGAUAUCAGUGCAAUUUCUAAUACAAUAAAUGCUUACAUUUUUGAAAGUGUUUAGUGCAAUGUGAUAUGAUUGAAGGUAGGAUUAGAAGUAAACAUACUACUCGUUAGUUUGGAUAUAUUGGCGUAUAGCUAGAAUUGUAAAUAAUUAUGGAAUUGUGUUUGUUUUUAUUCGGAAAAUUAGGUGGUGAUUUAACCUUUCACAAAAUUCUACUUAGGCAGUACGACAGAUAGUUUUAUAACAUUUAAGUUUUCAUUUGAAAUAAUUUUACUUGUGUAGAUAUUUCUGGACUAACAAAUACAAACAAUCUCUGCAACAAUGAAACAAAUCAACAACCUCAUGAAGUCCCCACCACUUGCAUACCUAAACAACCACCUAGUCCUGAUCCAUCUGCAUCUGAUAAUAAUAUUACAACAAGAAAUUGGUUGAAUGUAGAAAAAGAUAUCAAAUGUGCAUUGAGUGCAUCAAAUUAUCAGGAUAGAGAAACAACCGUGAAAUACUUGAAGCAAGCGUUAAAAUCACUUGGAGUUGAUAUCUAAAUCUUAAAACGGUGUUUUAACUUUUAAUUUACAGUGCAAAGAUGUAUUUUAUAGUGAUUGGAACAUUGUCCCUUUUAUGUGAUAGUUUUUGAGAAUUUAUUACUGAUAUUUCAACAAAGUAAGCUACAAUUAUUAUGAUGAUAAGAAAAACACGUAUCGUUCUGAUUUUAUUUACGUCCAAUUUUUAAAAUGAAAAUACAUCGAUUAGUUGAGGCAUUUUAUUUCUUGAGACUGUCACAUUGGUUCAGGGGAUUUAACUUCAUUACUUUUCUAUAUGCUUAAGAGUAGUGAACUUUUUUGGUAUCGGAUAAAAAACCCAGUAAAUAAUUUGUUGAACAAAUUCUGUAUCUAUCUGGUUCUUUAUAAUAGCUAGAGCUCCGGAUUUAGUGUUUCUUAUUAUCUUUGAACUACUGCUUUAUGGAUUAAGUUGUAAGUGAAACUGGUAAAAAAUAUUGUGCGUAUUUUACAGGCAAUCUGUAGAAAAUUAUUUUUACCUGGUUUGUGAUCAAGCCUCUUUCUAAGGUAGAAAGUUUUCUACAUUCAUUCAAACAAUAUACAUAUGACAGAAUUGUAUCAGAUGUUCUGUUAUUAUCAUCUCAGUAAAGCAACAAACCUUUUUCACUGUUGGUUAUGUAAGUGGCCCUAUAGGUAAUACUCCAAUAACGACAAAACAUUUGAAUGUAAUCGGUUGCUAGUGUUAUACUGUUCAGGUGGAUCAUAACUUGUUUUAUCAGCGAGUAGUCCCUGGUAACAUUAAUGGCUAUAUAUUUUCGAGAUACGCAUGUAGAUUCUGUGAUUUUUUCUUAAUUAUUGAGAAAACAAAAUAAUUUAGUUAACCUAAAGCCAAAAGCUUACUAAGUAUCUAGGGUCUUAAUUUGCGGAUCACUGGUCAAUAGUAACAUGUUUCCGAAGGUCUAAGUUAAUAUCAUGAUAAACUGUCAAAGAAACUGGAAGGUGAUUUUAAAUAUUAACUUAAUAACAUCCAGCUAAAUGUGGUGAAAUAAAACAAAAAUGUACAGCGUGAACAACUAUAGCUAUUUUCACUAAUCUACGUAGCAGCAUAUAUUUGGUGUGGAAAUGGUGGUGAGGAUGCUUUACGUGUGAUACUGAUGGUCGAUAAACAGACAAACCUGUUCACAAAGAUAAUAUUAUUUUGAAUUAUUCCUCUGCAAUAUUGACAUGUUUCUGACUUUGGUGACGAUCUGUCAAAUAUAAUACAAAAAGUUAUUGCCCACUCAGUUAUAUUCAUUCCGUUUGUAAUAAUUUCUCAAAUAUAACACGAGAAUAAAAAUACUUUAUAUUUAGCAUGACAUACUACAACGCGCCUGAUAACUAAAAUUAUCCUGCCACCAAACUAGAUACUUGGUCGAUAGGCUGCAUACAGACUGGAUCGUGUUAUACCAGAUACACGAUCAAUUAUAGAGAAUCAGAGUAUAGUCCAAACGAUGUUCAACACAAACAGUGUAUACUCGGUGAGCCCAACUUUAUGUUGACUCAAAUGUUGGGAGUAAUUUCCGUAUUUGAUGAAAUUUCAAGAUGGUUGUUAAGUCACUGACAGCAAGAUUCCCUAAUUAUAUCGCAUUAAAAGUAGAGAUAAGUUUUUUAUUAUACAAAUGGUGGAGUUAGUUGCGUUUUUGUAGUACUACUUUAGAAACUUUCCUAGCUAUCUCUGUCAUUCCUAUAUAAAUCCCAUUCCGCACCAUGUUUUAGCAUCUUUAAGCCUAUUAUUAUCAGACUACUUAUUUUUAAAAGAUUUCUGCUGUGCUAAAGUCGUCUGUCUUCGAGAUUCAGGACAAUGCUUCUCAUCAACAAGCAUCUUGAGGGUUACUGGAUCAUGUGAUGAAUACCAUUCAGAAGAAAUAUGGACCUAUCCACAACGCACUAUUGGGCUUCAGCAACCUCAUAAACUUCGAAAUUUUGCAUUUAUCAGAUGUAGGCUUCAAGUUGUAGCGGUAUAAAAGUUCUGUUAGCUGACAGCUCAGGAAUAAAUUCGCGGUACGACCCCUUAUAUUAAGUCAAAUAGUUGUUGUCGAUUAGAUCUUAUCAUCAUGCAAUUUACACUUAGACUCUGAGUGUUGGGAAAGCAUCACUGUAGCAAAUACUUUUGGUAACAACUAACACUUAUAAGUUGUUAAAGUUCUACUCACAAAUAUGUGGACGGUCAUUGUUCAAGUACUUACUGCAUUCCACUUUUACUUCGGUAUGAAAAGUUGCUACUGUUAUUUCAUGGUGUGAACGCUAGAAUUUAUCAUAUAGAUUUCUUGUACCAUUAGGGAACUUCCAAGGGUAAUUUACUGGUCGUCAACUCAUCGUUAUGAGUCUUACAAAUAUAAGGUUUAUCAGUGUGUUCAUGAUUCCUUAUGUUUAAUGUUAUUCUACAAAAUUCCAUCAAGCCACUUAAAAUACAGAAUUUAUUUGGGAAAAGGGUCGUCAAUAAUUAGAUAAACACUAUUGUGGUCUUUCCCAAAAAACUAUACGUUAAUUGGCUCAAAUGUAUUCGUUGUAUGUUUACAUAUAAUAGUGGAAACAAGUCAAAAUCUUUGUGGGUCUUCCGGUCAAAUGAAACUCCUAUGUGCUAUACAUUUAAACAUUGUCUGUUUUCUCGAAUAUUGAGUGCAUAUACAAAUUCUGUCAAUAAUGCUGCUACAUAAAUGCUUACUUGUAGAUAAUAUCUAUCAGACUUUGUAAUGCUGUUCCUCCAGUUGUUUUUUUCUUAACCACUUUCCAUAUGAUUGGUUGCAACCUCUCACAAACGUGGCGUUCCUCGUCUCCACUUCUAUCAUUGUUGGGCGCAUAGUACUGGGUAGCAUUCAUUACAAUCUUCUCCUUUGUUCUGAAAAGUACUUGGAUGACUCUGGAUCCAUGAGAUUCUCAUCCUGACGACUGGAAAAGAACGAUGCAGUUUACGAGGAGUCGAAAUUUCCGUUGUAACUAUGUUGUACCUCGGUCCCAUAUAGUAAGGAAAGACGACCAGACGCUGCUACACUUAGUUAGCUAUCAGAAGAGUGUUUACCAACGACAAACUCGUUGGGUUUACACUUCUGGCUGGCCACGUCUUAGGGUCGUCACUGCCCUACAAGGGGGGAGUGAUCUGUAGCGGUAAAUAAAUCCCCAAAAUAAAUAGCACUGUAAGUUUUCGACAUUGGAUGCUGACCAUAUGUUUUAGUGGACUCAUCUAGCUGAAGGCGCUCGGUCAGGCAUCCGCACCAGAUCACGUGUGGUAACGCCGUGCUCAACAUCAACCGCAAUCGCUAGCCA